AUGGUUAAGAACAAGCCAAGGUUGUAUGUUGUCUGCUUCUUUCGCACACCUCAAGAAGGCGGAAACCCUGAUCCUUACCAUUGGGGCCUCGCCAGCGGUCCAAAGGAUGGUGGAAUGGAGGGCAUGGUUCUCUACCACGUUCGAAACAUCCCAACUUCACAAGGCGUACACUGGCAGUUCGAAGAGCCACCGCGCGAUCUCUCAAGCGGUCCCACGCCCGCGAUGCUCACAUUCACAGCCGUGGCCAAGAUUGAAAACUUACGGCGCCUGGAGGAGGUCUGCUGUAUGGACCGUCUUCAAUUGCCAGAUGUGGGUUGA